AUUGGCAAUGGUAACACUGUUGUUUCAUAAUGGAGAUAAAAUACCACCACUGAACAUACCCCUCAUAAAAUGUAAAUAAAUAGUGAAGCAUCGAGUUGUUGCAAGAUAUUUUAGAUUUUUGGUCAUGUCUGAAUCGACAACACUGCCAGUAGAGUCGACUAGGGCCGAAGAGGACUCCAAAUAUAGAAUAAAAGCGGCCGCGUUCCUGGGGCUGGUUGGUGGUGUAUCAGCAAUCUUCGGGUUUUCUAAAACGCUUGGAAAAGCAAAAGAGUCACAAGGCAAAUUGGUAGCGAAAGGUGGGCGCGACACAGCGGUGUUACUCGAAGAAGGCUCGGUGUUGGCAAUGCGCGCCUUUGGAUGGGGUAGUUUAUACGCAGUUCUUGGUACUAGUGUCUUUUGUUAUGGCUUUUGGAAGUUAUCGGGAGCAAAAGACAUGGAGGAGUUUCGCACAAAGAUGGGCAAUGGUUUGCCAAGGAUUACAAAAGAUACUCCCCCUACAAGUCGUACUGAGUUUGAUUCUCUCACAGACUUCAUGAAAUAUUUGGGUUCCGGUUGCAGAGAAUAACGUUAUAACAGCACACGAUUCAGUUAUUAAAGGUUUGCUCACUAGUCGCAAAGUUUUACUGCUAAUGUUAACUUCUAUACAAGCAAUUUACGACGAUUGCAUUCACCAUAACUUAAUACAAAAUAUAUUAUUUUCUUAAAUUCAACAAUGUUGAAAUUAU